AUGAAUAUUGAUGUAGAAUCAAGAAUAGAUGAAUAACUUAAUAAUUAAUCUACUAAAGAUAAAUCAGAAUAAUAUGGAAUAUCUACAAAUCUUUAUACCGUGGAAUAAUAUAUAAUUAAUUUAUAUAAGUAUGCUUAAGAUAAAUAUCUUUAAGAGUUUUUAUUAAAUAUUAAUACUAGUUUUGGAUUUUCUCCUAAAAAAAGAUUAAAAUUAAUUCAUGGUUAUGACACUUUUACUUAAUAAAAUAAAGAAUUAUAAAAUCUUCCUUUUGUGUUGUCUGAAGAAUUGUUUAUUGAAUUUGAAUAAUAAUAUAUAGGAAUUGGCAAAAAUAAUAAAGAAAAAAUAAUAAAAGAAUUCUAACACAUACAUAAUAAAGCUAUUUUUGAUGGAUUUAAUGAAAGCUUAAAUUCUUUUAGACCUUAUUAUUUAAUUGGAGGAGAACCAUAUUAAUGGAACAAAAGUGAAAAAAAUUUAAUUAUGGUAAAACCUAAUUCUUAAAAUUUAGAUUAAAUUUUAGAAAAAGCUAAAAAAAAAAUUAUCGAAUGGAUUUCUUAUCUAUGUGGUGUUAUUAAUGAUAAAGAUUAAGAAGAAAAUGAAUAUUUUGAAUUAGCUCGAGAAGAAAGAUUAUCAAAAAUGUUACUAACUGAAAUAUAUGAAAAUGACUUUAAAUGGAGCCUUAUUGAAGAUGAGAAAGUAGAAAUAUUAAUGGAAUUAAGUGAUGCUAUAUUUGAAGAGUUUAUAGAUGAAAAUUAUAAUAUUUGA